AUGGAAAGACAAAAUCUAAAGUCAAAGCCUGGCAAAAAAUCAGAUUCACAUUUAGAUGAAUAUAUCGAUAUAUUAUACGGAUUACACUAUGGAGCAUUCGGCAUUUUUUGUUUCGUGUGUAUUUUUGGAUUCACGGUAUACGGGAAAAAGUUAACAGAGAUUGUGAGUGAGGGAAGUCAAAUGUUGAAAGCUACUACGGUUUAUUCGAGUGAGAACGGUUACAGAAAAGGAAAUGGAUCAACUUGGAGAUUUAGCGAAUUUGGAUCACGUGGAAAGGAGUUGGAAGUAAAGCACCGUGGACUAAAGAGAAGUGUGAUGAAGAUAAAACUCAUACACCAUAUAUUUACCAUUAUAUUUUUUUUAAUGGGCGUACAACUCAUAAGCUUUGCGUGCUUUCACGACCGCAUCAUGUCAAAUCUUUUUCUUAGCAUGUCUUAUGCUAUUAACGCACUUCUUGCGCUACUUGUUCUCGACGCAAUUAUACUAAUUACAAUAGCCAGUAGUUGCGUAAAUGCGUUCGUAAAGACGAGAGCAAAGACGGAUAACGAUAAUUCUGUAGAUUUACCAACAUCGGCACAGAUAUCAAUUCCACUGUUAAAGCUUCCACCCGCUGCUGCUAUUCCGCUUCAGAGAGCUCGAGAGUCUAUUACUAUGUCAAUCAUACAAUUAGAGCGUGGUGAUACCGGUGGAAAUAGAAUGUAUGUCUAA